UUUAGAAGAAAUGAUGAAUACCGAUCGACAAAAUAUUGGCAUCGACGACUCACGCAAAUAAAUGCAUAUACCAAUACAUAUACAUACACAUAAACAUACAUACACAUUUAUACAUAACACAUGCAUACGUACAAUUGUAAACAACCAUUAACAUACUAAAACUCUUUCCCUAUAUAUAUACAUACAUAUAUAAUAUAUAUACAAUGUAAUAACAAUAAUAUACACACAAAAUGAAUACUUAUGUAAAACAAUCAACAUUCAUAACAAAGCAUAUAUAUUAUAUCUAUUAUAUUAUAUUAUAAUUUUCAUGCAUGUCCAUAAUAUUUAUUGACACACUCAUACACAUAUAUAUAUAUAAAUUUAUAUAAAUACAUAUAUAUAUAAAUUUUGUAACUCAUAUUGUAAACACUAGAAUGUAAAGACAUAAGGUGUUAGCAAGGAAAUCGCACCGCAUUUUUAACACCAAAGACACACAUCCUAACUCAACAUGGAAGUCAUAGAGAAUGUAGUGCAGUACUACCCACACUAUACUACAUCGACGGACUCUGGCACAAGUUCGUACUAAAACCGAUGGAGGCAAUUGCACCACAAGAACUCCGUCCAGACACACGCCAAACAUGGCAACAUUCAGCACUAUCAUCACUGGCCACAAGCGGAAUAUAUACCCAAAGGGACCUGGAUACACUACGAGACCACGUCAUGUUCCCAGUUGAGAAAACAACAAUAUUAAACACACUGGCCAGAGGAGCAACAGGAAAAGUAAUCGUCCCUGGAACGGUAAAUAUCUUGGGAAUCAUGGAUGAAAACGCACUAUCGACACUAGCAAAGAAUACUGCAUCGAAAUUAUGGACUGGCUUUAUGGAAUUCGGAACGGUCAGCGCAGCAAUACUUGGAAUCUUCAUAAUACUGGAAAUAAUGAAAACAAUAGUUGACAUAGUUAUACAAGGAUAUCAAUUACGCGAAACUUACGGAUGCGGACUCGCACUACUCGGAGCAAUAUGGGACUCAGUCACUCACCUGCUAUUGUACAUCAAGGGAAAACGCAACGUCGAAAAUCAAACACAACCACAAGGAAUAUCAAUUACAUCUAACGAUACAAUAUAUCAACAACCAACAACCACUACGUCCGCUCUAAAUGAGCUGAAGGACACAAUCAGUCAAAUUUCCUCCGGAAAUUUGAACUCCAAGAGGGGGGGUGUCACGUCCCACGCUCCGCACGUGCCGCAACGAAAACAUAGAUAACCGCAAUACACAAACAACGCAAGUGUCAACUCGUAUACCUCGAAACAAACACACAGU